GAACAUCUCUACGCCGUGGGGAUCUUAUCUCCACAUAUAUUCUUCCCUUGUUUUAUAUUUCCUGACAAGAAAAUAUCUAUCAGGGAAGAUUUUGACAUAUACCCUAUAGGCUAGCUCGUUUGGUAAUUCAUGUAUUUAGAUUAUAUAUAGUUAAUCAUUGCUAUAAUUAUGUUUAUAUUAUAAAAUCACACAAAUUUGUAUAAUGUUUUUGGAUUUUUUGGUUUAUAAAGGGUCGUGUAUUUUGUACGAAACAAGAUAUUAGGCUGUCAUAUAGGUAUAUUAUGCACCAUAAUCACCUGUACUAAACAAUCCUUAUGAAUAUGUCUUUGAAGUCUCGCGUGAAGGCUCCUUUUUAAGUCUUUUUACUAUUACUUCUCACCAGCAUCCUAGUGUUUGGUGAAUGCUAGAUUACCCAUUGUUGUUGUUCGAUAGUUGAGUCUGUAAUCGCGGUUAUUAGAGUUUCUCUGUUUAUUGUUUGGGGUUGGGUGGUGAUCUUCCUUGCUUGUGUCCAAGUAGUGCGUUGUGGAUACGCUGCUAGCUUUUAUUGUUGGUGGAAAAUUGGGAAGUUACUUAGGCUCUGGUCUAUUUGUAAGUCCUCUUUAACUUAUUAGUGGAAAGUUUCCCCUAGUCUAGGACCCUAGAUGUAGGUGUGAUUACACCAAACUGGGUAACCAUCUAAUGUGUUCAUGCUUAUUGCUUUAUCUAUGUUUAUUUAUGGUGUUUAUUUUGUCGCCUGUUACAUUGCUAGAAAUAUCUGGAACUGUCUUUUCGGGGAUAUGGAGGUUUAGAUCUUUUUCAUAGAGUUUUGAGUGUUCACAUUAGUAGAAUGUUAUUCAAAUUGGACUUUUCCAACUCAUGUGGAAUUUUGUGUCCAAAUUAGUAGAACGCUAUGAAAAUUGGACUUUUCCAACUCAUAUGUGGAAUUUUGAUGUUGGCUUCUCCUUUCCCUAUUCAUUUCUGGAAGAAUCUUGUAUUCAUAUAUAUUGCUUUGUCUGAAUCCUCUGUUUUGGAUAUGCUUAAAGCAUUAUUUAUCUCAUGAUUAUUGCAAUUAAUGAGUUUAGAAAUUUGGCUUUACUCGUUACUACCAAUCCAAAAAGGACCAACUUAAGUACCUCGUUAGCGGAUAUCCCUGAGAUCAGCUGUCAAUGUAAACUGCAUUUUGUUUCUUCCUAAGCAUGAAAGCCAAGAUUUUUAUUACUAUACUACUCAGCAGGUCGAGAAUAACUAUGACAACUAGAACUGCUUAAGACAUGAUCACUAAUGAGUUCAGUCAUUGUCUGAACUGAACUGGUGUUAGAUUUACUUAUCUUGGAGAAUUGGAUAUGGCAGCUAGUGAUGUGAAGCUUUUAGGAUUUUGGCAAAGUCCCUUUGUGAUUCGGGUGCAGAUGGCUCUUAAGUUGAAGGCUGUUGAAUACGAGUUUGUUGAGACGGACCCCUACAACAAGAACGAACUUCUUCUAAAAACCAAUCCCGUUCACAAAAAAAUCCCAGUUUUGAUCCAUGGAGACAGGCCUGUUUGUGAGUCCCUUGUCAUUAUUCAGUACAUUGAUGAUGUCUGGGGCGAUGGCCCCUCCAUUCUUCCCUCUGAUCCUUACCAGCGCUCCCUAGCGCGUUUUUGGGCAGCAUAUGUUGAUGACAAGCUGCUGCCGUUGUUCAAGGAGCUGAAAGAGGAAAAGGACAAGGAUGCGAAAAAAGGUAUCAUCAAGAAAAUGUCGGAAAAUUUUAUCUUGUUGGAGGAUGCUUUUGUCAGCUGUGGCGAAGGGAAAGGAUUCUUCGGUGGAGAUGAGGUUGGGUACGUUGAUAUUGUUCUAGGCUGCUUCGUAGGAUCGAUGAGAGCAAUAGAGAUAGUCAUGGAUGUUAAGUUCUUGGAUAAGAACACGAGCCCCGGGUUGGUGGCUUGGGCUGAGAGGUUGUGUGCAGACAGCAUUGUCAAAGAUGUUAUUCCCACUACACAAAAGCUCAUAGAUUUUAUUGCUGCACGAGCACAGCAAAAAGCUUAAGGAUCGAUCAUCAUAUUCAUAUUGCAAGGAUACUCACUUUCUAUGAAUGAGUAGCAUUCUUGGCCAAAGAUCUUUCAUUUUGUCUUCUUUGUUGUUUAUACAAUCUUGUGGUAUUUUUCUGAGAUAAAGAAUCAGUAAUAAGUCUUGUAAUUCUACGAUAAACUUCAAAUAAAUGGAGAAACUUGUAUUGUGAAAA